UAUUGGUUUGUGCACUAUUGUCGAACAAUACAUAACCACAUAAUUCUCCACUGCAUUUUCAAAACAAACAUUUCAUGCUCUAUAUUAUUUGUUAAUUAUUAAAAAUGCCGGAAGAAGAAGAAAGAAGAUUACCGGAAGUAAAUCCAGAACCGGAAAAGUCAUUUAUUAUCUUCGGACGGGACAUUUCAAAGAUCCCGUGCUUCCGUAACAGCCUCCUUUACGGAAUGGGGGGUGGAAUUACAUUAGGACUUGGCCAUUUUAUGUUUAAUAGUCGACCACUGUCCGCCUGCAAUUUCGCAGUCUAUUCAUUCUCCUUCAUCACUUUAGCUUAUUGGAUCCAGUGCAGGUAUCAAUAUUCCGUCAACAAGUUCGAGAUGCUGAAGAUGCAGGAACUGAUAAGGCAGAACGCCCUUUACGAAGGAACGGAGCGAGACAAUAGACCAGUAGACGUUUAAAAUUUGUUAAUUUAUUGUUAGUAAAUUGUUUUAAAUUA